AUGGCAGAUGCUGAGGAGAAGGGGACCUUUGAACCAGUCCCUGCCAAUGGAGAUGACCAUUUUCCAUUCCAGUCAUGGAAAUCACUCUCUCCGGAGUUCACCAGGAUAAGGAAGGUGCAGAAAAGAGCACGGGAAGCUUGGGAGAAAAUGUUGUUGGACCAUGAUUCUAUUGCUGCCAAGUUGGAAUCUCGUUGGAAACUACUUGAAUACCAGGCAAAACUCCUUAAGAAACGAGAAGACCAAUUCCACGUUGAGGAACACAGGUGGAUUCUUGAAAAGGAAAGGAACUGGACUCAGAUCUCAGAGCUAAAGAGAGCUAACAGAGAGUUGUUGAGGUUAGAUGAAGAUCAGAAGAGGGAAAAUGAUAGACUGCAUGAAAGAAUCAUGGAAUUGAAAAAAGAACCUGAGGACAAACAAGCAUUGGAAUUAGAGAUAAAGCGAAUGAAAGAACUGAAUGAAACUCUCCUUGUCAAGGAGCAGAAAAGUAAUGAAGAGCAGUCGGAAGUUCGUAGAUUGUUGAUUACGGAAAUAAUUGAUGAGGAAGAUGAAAAAUUGAAAGCUCUAAAGAGUGAGUAUGGUUAUAAAGUUUAUGUUGCUGUGACAAAUGCCUUAACAGAGAUAAACAAGUACAAACCGAUCUCUAGAUACGAAAAUAAAGAGUUAUGGAAUCACAGAGAAGGAAGAAAGGCAACACUGAGAGAGGUGGUGUCGCAUAUGCUGGAGCAGUGGAGAUUGUAUGCACAGAAAAGAUACUAA